AUGAGUAAUCUAGACGCUAGUCGAAUUCUCGAAUCAGCUCUUAAGGAUGUGGAUGCUAUUCUAAAAGUGAAUGAAAUCAACUCAACAGAGGCUAAUAUUACCGAAAAUAAUCAUUUCGACAACCACCACCUGCCAGAAGUUCCACAUCUGGAUGUUACAGACUUAAAUACGGAUAGUGCUGCAUAUGAGCAUGUAGGAAAUUUAGAUGAGGAUUACCUUUACAAAACUGGAAAGGAGUUUUCAGUUCUUAUUGACAGACUGCAAAACUGUAUUGACAAACUGAAUCAUACAGGACCUGCAACUGCUAGUCAUGUGACAGGAUAUGGAAAUACGGAUUAUGGAAUUACUCGAGAUCAUAGAAUUCGACUAGUUCGUCCUGUAACUACACAAAUUACUGAAUUGGAUUUAAGCAGAAUUAGAAAAUCUCCACCUCUUCAGUCUUUAUAUUCAUCCAACGGAGGCACAGUGUUAAGUGAUGAGCAUUUUCAACAAAGAAUCAUCAGACUACAAGCACAAAUACAAGCACAAGCAAAUCUUAUAGCAAAAUUAGAGAAAGACGUGAAUGUGGUACCACCAUCGAAAUCAACUUGCGGUAGUAGCAAUGGUAAUAGAGGAAGUCAUCUCUCCAUAAAUAUGAAUAAUUUGGAAUUGUUAACUGAAGUCUCCAAGCAACACUUACGGAUUAGUUCUCUGGAGGAGACAAAUCGUGAUUUAGAAGAGAAAAUUAAUAAACUAGAGAAAGAAUUAUCCCAACGUUCAGGUUAUAAUAAUCAUUUGAAAACUUCAUGUGAAGACAUACAAAGCAUGAAAUUCAACAGGCAGUUUGUUGGUCAGCUACGUGGUUCAUGUCGAUCUAUUUCAGCGGUGAAUAACAAUCAUACAAAUAAAUUAAAUGGAUCACUGAGACAGUUGAAUACAGUUAAUAAAGUGAACUAUUCCUCGCUACGGUGUUCUGCUAAUCCAGUUGUAUUCAACGAAGCUCGAUUCACUACUGCUCUCCAACCAGAAUUCAAUUCAAAUUUCGUCUGUUAUUCACUGACCGGUACUCAAUCAACUCCGCCUACAUCCAGAUUAAUGUAUUACAAUCCCUAUAAUUAUGAUAACUGUCUACAAAGUGAAGAUAUGAAUCCUAAUUUCUAUCCUACUAGUCAUAACCACCAUCUACCUGUAAUUCCUAAUCAGAUUAGAUCCUUCAGCUUGAAUGAAUUACGUCAUUCGAGAGUUAUUCAACCCAUUUGUCCCAAUAAUAAUAAUAAUACUAACAUGCGACCAAGUGUUCGUUGGGAUGCCCAUAACCGUUCCGCCGGUGUUAAAUCUCCAUCGACAAGUGGACACACCUAUCCUUUAAGAGAGAAUUUCUAUCCCAGCACACAAGUGACUGCUGUAAGUCAACUCCCGCCACAAUAUGCGAGCAGUUAUCAUCAGAAGAGUUAUGCCGCCUCACGUAUUCGUUCGCCACAACCACAACCACAAAUACAACCAGCCCAAUGGAUUGAUCAAAGAAAUACUUUUCAUAACAAUGGCAAACAAACACUGACAGCGUUUUCAAGCAAUGAACAAGUAAACAUGGUAUCCAGCGUACCGUGUCUACCGUGUGAUUCACCGGCUUCCGUCAAAUGUAGCACCUCAGAAAAUGUGUAUUCCUCCUUCAAUACGCCUAGAAAUCAUCGAAUCUCGCCUCAUAUGAUGAAUAGUGUUAAUCAUGCACAACAAGUCAAUGAAAUCCCACAGGAUUUUGGAUGUUUUAUAGACAAUGAUAAGUUGACCAUCCCCGCCAAAUCUGCCAAUGGUAAUCACCAUCUAUUUAAACGUAUAUUCACGGAUCGACCAAACUUUUGCCUAUGGGAUAAAAAUAUGAUCUCUGCUUGGUUGUAUAGAAUCGGUCUUGGCUAUACAGUAUCAAAUACUCGAAGAUGGUUAAAUACCGGUCAGGAUUUGGUGACUGCAUCAAAGAAAUCAUUAGCACAGUUGAUGGGUAUUCGUAAUCCGCUACAUUUGAAAAAGUUAUCAAUACAUAUUCAACGUUGUAUGAAAGAUUCUAGCCUUAACAAUCAUGCUUCUUUGUACAGAAAUAUAGAAGCACCUGAGAAUUUUGAUAUGACAGGUUGGUUACACGAUAUCGGUUUAUCAGCAUACAUUCCACAAUUCGACAAUUGUAUUAUUGAUCCGUAUGUAUUAGAUCAACUCAGUAUGGAUGAUCUAUCCGUGUUGAAAAUGUCAAAUGAACUGCAUGUGUUAAGUUUACGUUGGGGUAUACAAAUGUUACGACAUAUCAGUUUUGAUAGAAAUCGUUUAUGUCGAGAUCACAUGCAACAGUGUACAGCAAAUAUACUUAUCAAUAGGAAUCUAUUGAAUUCUCCAAAGCAAUCAUUCCCUUCUACUACAGAUAAUAUGAAGUUAAACAAUGAACUGAAUGGAGUGGUUCAUUCUGGUAUGAAUAAUUCUCAUACUGUCACCACCAGCACAGCCACCAACGACAAGAACAACAACCUUACCAGUGGUUUAAACUCUUCUUCAAGACCAAAUUCAGUGAAUCAUGAAACUGAAGUAUACAUUUCCACUUAUCUUCCUAUACAAAUAUGCUAUUGGACACAACAAAGAGUAUUAGAUUGGUUACAAAGUAUUGAAUUGCCCGAGUAUGCACCGAAAUUAUUCGGUAGCGGUGUACAUGGAGCUUUAAUGAUUUUUGAAGAUCGUUUUACACCAGAUCUUUUAGCUGAUAUUUUACAAAUUUCACCUGUAAAAUCACUUGUACGACGACAUUUAACACAUAAAUUUAUCGAACUUGUCGGUCCAGAAAUAUGGAAACGUAAACAAGAAAAUGAAGUCAAUAAUUCGCUGACAUUAAAUUCAAAAAUCAAGCCAAGUAAAAAGAAGAGUUUGUUUCAUUCCACUCGUGGACAUAAAGGAAACGAUGAUGUUGAAGAACUUGUCUGCCCUAUAGAAAUUGAUCCUAAUCAUAUGAGCAUAUUUGCUGAUGAAGUCGAACUCAACUGUCAGAUCGAUUGUAAUCAACAACUGGAUCAACAGUCUGCAACAACUAUAAAUCCCAUUUCAACAAAUGGUCAACCAUUAGAACUACAAGAAACUGACAUAUAA